AUGCCGAAAAAUAGUAAAGUUACGCAGAGAGAGCACAGCAAUGACCCGGUCACAGAAUCUGUUGCCGACCUACUCGCUGGGGAAGAACCUGUUGACUACAAACACAGUGUACUGAAUGUAGGAGGAGUCCCAGUGACGAAGGACAAGGAUGGAGAGAAAGCAAUAGAGAGUGACGAUCGGCCAGUCUGGAACAAUAAGCUACAGUACAUCCUGGCACAGAUUGGCUACUCGGUGGGCCUGGGAAAUGUCUGGCGUUUCCCCUACCUGUGUCAGAAAAAUGGUGGAGGUGCUUACCUCGUUCCCUACCUCAUCCUGCUUCUCAUCAUUGGAAUUCCUUUGUUUUUCCUGGAACUUGCAGUGGGCCAGAGAAUAAGGCGUGGGAGCAUUGGUGUUUGGAACUACGUCUGCCCCAGGCUAGGAGGCAUUGGAUUUGCAAGUUGUGUUGUUUGUUUCUUCGUUGGACUUUAUUACAAUGUCAUCAUUGGUUGGAGUAUUUUUUAUUUUUUUAAAUCGUUUCAGUCUCCCCUCCCAUGGAGUGAAUGUCCUCUGAUCACCAAUGGCACUGUUACCAUUGUGGAGCCAGAAUGUGAAAAGAGUUCAGCCACAACCUACUUCUGGUACAGAGAAACUCUGAAUAUUGCAAAUAACAUCAAUGAAGGAGGAGGCCUGAAUUGGAAGAUGACUCUGUGUCUGUUGUCUGCCUGGUUUCUCGUAGGAUUGUGUACAAUCAAAGGCAUCCAGUCAUCAGGCAAAGUGAUGUACUUCAGUUCUCUAUUUCCAUAUGUCGUUCUGAUAUGUUUUCUGAUUCGAAGCCUACUCCUGAGAGGCUCGAUUGAUGGAAUACUUCACAUGUUUACUCCUAAGCUGGAGAAGAUGAUGGAAUCCCAGGUAUGGAGGGAAGCUGCGACACAAGUCUUCUUCGCUCUCGGCCUUGGCUUUGGGGGAGUCAUCGCAUUCUCGAGUUACAACAAGAAAGACAACAACUGUCACUUUGAUGCAGCCCUGGUCGCUUUCAUUAAUUUCUUCACCUCUGUCCUGGCGACACUUGUGGUGUUUGCAGUCCUGGGAUUCAAAGCUAACGUGAUGAAUGAGAAAUGUGUCAUAACAAAUUCUGAAAAGAUUAUUGGAUACUUGAAUUCCAAAGUCCUGAGCCAUGAUCUGAUUCCACCACACAUCAACUUCUCGCAUCUCACAGCUUCUGAUUACUCAGAGAUGUACAGUGUCAUAAAGACAGUAAAGGAAGAUCAUUUCAGUGAACUCGGGUUGGACACAUGUCAGCUGGAGGAUGAGCUGAAUAAGUCGGUACAAGGCACAGGCUUAGCGUUUAUUGCCUUCACAGAGGCAAUGACCCAUUUCCCGGCGUCUCCUUUCUGGUCCGUACUCUUCUUCCUGAUGCUCAUUAACCUGGGAUUGGGCAGCAUGAUGGGAACCAUGGAAGGGAUCAUCUCACCAAUCGUUGACACUUUUAAAAUUCGCAAAGAGUUCUUGACAAUCGGCUGCACAAUCCUCGCUUUCUCAGUCGGACUCAUCUUCGUCCAACGAUCCGGAAACUAUUUUGUCACAAUGUUUGAUGACUAUUCCGCCACAUUACCCCUCACAAUUGUGGUCAUUUUGGAAAACAUCUCAGUUUCAUGGGUUUAUGGGACAAAAAAAUUCAUGCAGGAAUUGACAGAAAUGUUGGGCUUCACUCCGUAUAGAUAUUACUAUUACACCUGGAAGUACAUCUCCCCUCUGGCCAUGGUAAUCCUGAUGUUGGCAAGCAUUAUUCAGAUGGGCAUUACACCACCUGGAUACAAUGCCUGGAUAAUGGAGGAGGCAAUGGAGAGGUACCUGAUAUUCCCAGGCUGGGCCCUUGGGUUGACCGUUACUCUGAUUGUGCUGGGAGUCCUCCCCAUUCCGAUUGUCUUCAUUGUCCGUCACUUCCAUCUUGUGUCUGAUGGGUCAAACACUUUAUCCGUUUCGUACAAAAGAGGUCGAAUGAUGAAAGAUAUGUCCAAUUUGGAUGAUCACGAUGAGACCAGGUUCAUCCUGAGUAAGGUUCCCAGUGAAACUCCUUCACCAAUGCCCAUCCAUCGCUCCUAUAAUGGGCCUGAUAGCACCUCACCAAUGGAAAUGACUGCUGCUAAUGGGCGAUAUGGCAUUGGUUACCUGUCAGCGGGCACUCCAGAAUCGGAACUGUAA